AUGCAGGCCCGCGGCAAGCGCAGGAGCCAGCUGUGGAUCUGGGACGGCCAGGGCGACGCCUCGAGCGUGAAGCUGCAGAACGUGGAGACCCGCCUGUUCCUCGACGCUGAUACCUUCAGCGCAGGCACGGUUACUGCCUGGAAGGAGAACAGGCAGGACAUCGCGAUGAACAACCAGCGGUGGCUAUUCGGUGGCCGGCUCUGGUGGUGGCCGCUGCAGCUGUACCCGAUGACCGUGCGGCUCGCCAACGGGCUGUUCACGGAUCGGUGCCUUGCGGUUCACGUCCGGCAAGUGGAGGUACACCCUUGCAAGAAUUCUCGACCAAUCAGUUGUGGGACGUAG